CUCUGCUCCUGCGCACUGCGUCGAACUUUCUAGAAGGGUGGCUGUUCGUGCCGCUACCUGCCUCUACUCCCCACACGCUUCCGAACCAGUAUUCCCACAACCAGCCAACUUCCUACGGGUUGGGAGCUGGCCUUCAAGGAGGGCGGAGGGAGGGAGACAUUCAGAAUGUGGUCUUCUAGCAUCGGAGGGAUUAACUCCCCCGGGAUAAGACUUAGACUUUGCCAAGGAACCGGCGGGCCUCGUGACGCCAUCAGCCCGCGCCGCCGGAAGGGGACGGUCCGGUGCGUUUGGAUUCCUGGCGACGCGGCCGCGCUGGAAGCUGUGCGAUCUCUCCUUUUUUUCAAUUCCUGACGCGUGAGCUAGGCCGUCAUGCCUUGGCUGCUUGUAGCUCCCAGGCUGGUUCCCGCCAUGGCGGGCCCUCGCGGCCUCUCAGGUUGCCUGUCAUGUGCUCAGCGGAGGUAUUCCCUGCAGCCUGUCCCAGAGAGGCGGAUCCCACACCGAUACUUGGGCCAGCCCAGCCCCUUUACACACCCACAUCUCCUCCGACCAGGGGAGGUGACGCCAGGACUGUCUCAGGUGGAGUACGCCCUCCGCAGGCACAAGCUGAUGUCACUGAUCCACAAGGAGAUUCAAGGCCAAAGUGGGACAGACCAGACCGUGGUGCUGCUCUCCAACCCCACCUACUACAUGAGCAACGACAUCCCGUACCCUUUCCACCAAGACAACAACUUCCUGUACCUGUGCGGAUUCCAGGAGCCCGACAGCAUCCUGGUCCUUCAGAACCUGCCUGGCAAGCCGCUGCCAUCACACAAAGCCAUGCUGUUUGUACCGCCGAGAGACCCCAGCCGAGAACUGUGGGACGGACCCCGAUCUGGCCCUGAUGGAGCGGUCGCCCUAACCGGAGUGGACGAAGCCUAUACACUGGAAGAAUUUCAGCAUCUGGUCCCCAAGCUGCAAGCUGAGAGCAGCACAGUCUGGUAUGACUGGCUGAAGCCUUCUCACGCACAGCUGCAUUCUGACUACAUGCAGCGGCUGACGGAGGCCAAGGCCAGGAGCAGGAACAAGGUGCAGCGCGUCCGGCAGCUGGUGCAUCGCCUGCGGCUCGUCAAAUCUCCUGCAGAAAUUGAGCGGAUGCAGGUCGCCGGGAAGCUGACCUCACAGGCUUUCAUAGAGACCAUGUUCGCCAGUAAAGCCCCCGUGGAUGAGGCCUUUCUCUAUGCUAAGUUUGAAUUUGAAUGCCGGGCUCGGGGCGCCGACAUCUUAGCCUACCCUCCCGUGGUUGCUGGUGGUAAUCGGUCCAACACAUUGCACUACGUGAAGAAUAACCAGCUCAUCAAGGAUGGGGAGAUGGUGCUGCUGGAUGGAGGCUGCGAGACUUCCUGUUAUGUGAGUGACAUCACCCGUACGUGGCCCGUCAGUGGCAGGUUCACCGCACCUCAGGCAGAACUCUACGAAGCUGUUCUGGAGAUCCAGAAGGAAUGUCUGGCCCUGUGCUCUCCUGGGACGAGCUUGGAGAACAUCUACAGCCUGAUGCUAUCCCUGACCGGCCAGAAGCUGGAGGAGCUGGGCAUCGGGAAGAACCUCCAGGACAACAGUGCCUUCCGGGCUGCUCAAAAAUACUGCCCUCAUCACGUUGGCCACUACCUUGGCAUGGACGUCCACGACACUCCAGACAUGCCCCGAUCCCUCCCUCUGCAGCCCGGGAUGGUGAUUACGCUGGAGCCCGGCAUUUAUAUUCCGGAGGACGACCGCCAUGCGCCGGAGAAGUUCCGAGGCCUCGGCAUACGGAUUGAAGAUGAUGUCGUGGUGACCCCAGACUUGCCCCUCGUCCUUUCUGCAGAUUGUCCCAAAGAGCUGAGAGACAUCGAACAGAUCUGCAGCAGGGCCUCAUGACGGGCACCUCAGGGCCA